AUGAAUGUCACUCAAGAAUUCUUUUUGUGUAUAUAUGUUGUCUCACAUACCAUUUGGCUACGAUCAAGAAACCGGAUAAUCACAAGGACAAUAUCCUGUCUUGGGGGGGAAGGAUCAGAAAACCCGUAUAUCACCGGUCAAGCAAACCCAACAAUGAUCGGAUUAAAUCAACUUUUUUUAAGCAAGAAAUGUAAGAGGCUUCUCAAGUGCGCUUCAGAGCCCAAAGUAUGCGUAGACGUAUCGGUCAAAGAUGUGAAUUGCUUAUCCGUUCAUUCAUAUAUAUAUUAUCUGCUUCGUCAGCAGAAUGUUCCGGUAGAGCCGCAGGCUAUAAAUAUUAUCGUAUGCUUCUGUGUCUUUGUUGUAACAAUUGUAAAGGAAAUCGCAGUCAACAAUCUUAAACUAUGGGGUAAUUUUAAAUAA